ACAAUGUGUGUCUUUGUUACGAUGCAUGUGGGUGACCGAUAACGUGUUCGUUGUGACCACUUGCUUAAUGUUCAACCUUAUUCCAUUUCUGUACUUUGACCCAAAAUAGUGACAAUCGAGGUUAAAAAUUGUUGGAAUAAUAAUGACAAUGCUUUCAGCACGUGGGCACUUCUUCGAAUUAGGAUUCUAAGAGUUUCACGCUGCACUAUACCGUUUUGGGUAAAGCGUAUAAUAGUCCCGCUAGUGUUGCGCCAAUUUGUCUUCUUGUGGUCAUCACCUCGUCUGAGGAUCCGUAGAGCUAGUAAGGAAGGGAUAAAAGUGUUACCGCUUUCAUCAUCCGAACUGGUCGUCCUUCGUUGACCGAUUCAAGAAUGUCGACCGCUUACAUUCCAAAUGCAUUACUGCAUUACACACACGCCUUUCUGACGUUGGCACUGUUGAUACGACUGGGGGCGCCCCAGAUAGCUGUCGACGAGUGCGGGGUCUCCAAAGGCUGCUUCAGGAGCCCCGUGGACUGCGACAGUUUGACGUCAUGUGACGUCAUCGUGACGUGGCAGGAGACACCAGAUGGGGGGUCUCUGAUAUUUGAGUUGGCUGGAAUGUCACCUGGCUAUGUAGCUGUUGGAUUUUCGGGCAAUCAGCUUAUGUCGAGUACAGACGUUUUAGCUUGUGUUGACAACAACGGAGCUACACUCAAGCAUUUCUACAAUCCAGUCAGCCACGUCAAUGAACCACGAACACAGAUUGGAGUGACGGACGAGGCAGCAUCGUCAGCCAAUGGGAUCAUCCAGUGUAAAUUCACACGCGUUAAGUUUCUCGAUGGGCAACCAGAGUUUGCGGACCUCAGAGAAGACACUUAUGUGUUACUUGCAAGAGGGCGUCAGAGUGGUGGUUUCUUGACCUACCAUACCCUUGGGUAUUCCAUCAGCGGCAGCAAGCAGGAUUUUUCAAUUUACCGAGCCCCAGACGCCUUGCCGACGGUGCAUCCUCCCGGGGAAGGCAACAGCACAGCGAGUACCCAAGUGCCAGCUGGCCCGACGGAUCUCGACGCUACGGACGGUUCGCAUGGCCUCACCUCACCAAUUAGUAAUGGGGCUGGAAGACAAUAUGGUUUCACGACAACCAUUAUUAUGGUAACGCUCAUCAGCAUCUCGUGUCUACUAAGAGCAAUUUGAGGUUUCUAAAACAAUAAUGACAUUAAUUUAUUUUUUUUAAUAAUGAAAAAUGAAACUACAAUUUGUUUGGAAUUAUCCAAAAUUUUUGAAUGUGGAAUUUAAAUGAACGUGAAUGAAACCAAAUGUUUAAAAACGACUUAUCACAGUGAAAUGAGAUUGGCAUCCACUUUUUUGUUUUAAAUUUAAUGAUAAUAGCCAUGUAAAAUAAUUAUAUUUAUUAUAUUGCUAUUUCUCACAUGCAUUUCCAAUUCCAUAUAUGUAUUUCAAACAUAUAUGGAACAACUGUUCUUAAGUGUAAUUUAUUUGUCAUUUUCAUAUACAGUUCGAAUGUAAUACCCUUAAUUUAAUAUAUCAUGUGAAAAUAAUGUAUCAAGUUAAUAAAAUAUUUUGUGAAUAAUUUA